GUGCCCAGCCCCCCACCCUCCCCGAACCCUGGCUCUGGACUUCUUCCGCCGCCGGGCAAGAUGCGGAAUCUAGGGUCGUCCUCCACGCAAACUUUGCUGAUCUGCUACCGGCGGGCAAAGGAACCUCCAACUCUCGCCGGCCACUCUCCUGGAAUCUCUCGAAUCCAGAGCUCCGAUGCAGAUCCCCAUUUGGGGAGCAAAGCAAGCCCGCAGUUCAAUUUCCAUCCACUAUAAGUGGAGCGACUGGACGAAAUUCCGGGUUGAGCCUGCGGAGGACGAUAUCUCGAACUCCUCAGACCAGAUCCCCAUUUGGGGGGCGAAGCGAGCACGCAAUUCAACUUCCAUCCAAACCGAUUGGAGGGACUGGGCGAAUCUCGGGGAUGGGCCUGCUGGGCUAAUCGCCGAGCGCCUUCUCGCCAACGAUGUCGCGGACUACAUCUGCUUCCGUGCAGUUUGCCGUCCGUGGCGGCUCUGUUGCACCGAUCCGCGCACUCAUUGCAUCCUGGAGCGCCGCUUCCACCCACUUCACUGGAUUAUGCUCAGGGAAACGGGGGGCUCUCCACGCUGCCGCUUCAUGAAUAUGUCCACCGGAUGCUCAAGGUAUGUACAUCUGCCGGAGCUCUGUGGCCAUGACGUUUUCGGCCCUACCACGGAGGGCCUGCUCGUCCUCCUCGACAGGACCACCUGGGUGGUUCGCCUACUGAACCCGCUCACCCGCCAGGCAGUUGAUCUCCCACCUGCCACCGCUCUGAUGUCCAAGAGUGAUCUGAAGGAAGCGUCUUGCAGAAGGGAUUUGUUGCAGGUGUCGGGCGCUGGCCUUGCUGACGACUACAUCUUCGCGGUCCAUUUCAGAUGGAUCAAAACCCUUGCUGUCGUAAGGCCGGGGGAUGUGAAUUGGACAGUGGUUGCUCGUGGCAGAUGGUUGUUGCCAGCCCUGUCUUUUGCUGGCCGCUUCUACUGUGCCACCACCGAGGCUGUUAUGGUGGUGGAGACUAAUGCAGACCAGCCACCACGGCUGGUCAUCGCUGCAAACUUGACUAGGCCGUUUGCCACGAUAAUGAUGGACACUGUGCAUAUUGUGGACAAUGGCGGGGAGCUGAUACUUGUGGACCGGCAAUGCAAUGGCAAUGACAAUAGAAAAUACAAGGUGUACCGUGUAGACUUUGAAUCAAAGAAGAUGGUGCCCAUCCAUGGGCUUGGUGGACGUGCAGUAUUUAUCGGCAUUGAACGUGCCCUUUCAGUCUCACCUUUGGUGUUCCCAUCUAUCAGUGAAGAUGCAAUCUACUUGGGAUUUGAUGGGCAGACGACGGGCAAGCUGGACAAUAGCCCAAUUCAUCUCCUAUAUGGCAUUGCAGAGCCUCGUCAAUUUGAAGAUAACAUUGACGACAGCACACUUUAUGAACCCUUGGGUGUCGAUAGCUAUCUGUCUUGGUGUGUCACAGGUUAUCGGGACACCUUAAGGGACAUUGUCUGAUCUACGCACAUGCUGCAUCAACUAUUUGUAGCUAUACAAAUAUUCAUCAUGCUCAAUCUCCCUACUCCUUGUUUAGUACUGCCUCCGUUCCAUAAUAUAGUGCAUAUAGAUUUUUUGAGAAGUUAAACAUCACAAACUUUGGCCAAGUUUGUGGGGGAAAAAUAUUUACAUCUAGAAUAUCAAACAUGUAUCAUUAGAUCCAUCGUAAGAUGUAGUUCCAUAUUUUAUCUAUUUGGUAUUGUAGAUAUAAAUAGUUUUCUCUACAAACUUGGUCAGAGUUUGUGAAGUUUGACUUUUCAAAAAAUCUAUACGCACUACAUUAUGAAACGGGGGGAGUAUUUGUAAAAGAUUUGUAGUGUUUGUUUCAACUUGAUUGCUCACAGAAUCAGAUUCUGAGAAACUGCCCGUGGACUCAACUAUGUGUAGAAUCAGCUGUCUCUUUUUAUUUCAGUUGUUGCAGUCCGA